AUGUCAACAUUAGAGAACACAACAACUGCUAUCGUUCAUGAAGCCAUAAAUGAAGAAUACGAAUACAUACAAUAUAACAAACAAUUGAGACUCAUUCGUUCAGUCAAAGAUGAUAUGUAUCAAAUGCAAAGUAUAAUGAACGCUCUUCGUUCUACAAAGCAAGCAUAUCAUUGGUUUGAAAACCAACAGGCAAAAGAACUUUUAGAAGAAUUUCCUCAUAUGAUUGCUUCCCUCGGAAAACCGAGGGAAGAGAUUCCGUACGAAAAUCGCAAGAAUUUGGCACCUGGUUUGAAAGGUUAUUAUGUUCAUAGACUUUUAGUAAAUGCUGUAGCAAUGUGGGCUUCACCUCGUUAUGCUUGUUAUAUUUUCAUGAUGUUAGAUGAACUAUAUAAAGCAGAACGUGGAGAGAUGGAAAAGAAACUUCAAGCAAAAGAUGAAGUCAUUGAAUCCAAAGACAAAAGCAUACAGAAAAGAAUACCACGUUCAGUACCAAAAGGAAAGGAAAAGAGUUAUAAGUAUAUGAUUUAUACUGAAGAGUUGGAGAAAGAAGAAGAUAGAGAUAUGGUUAUGUUGCAUUUAGUCAGAAGAAACAACAAAAGCUUUUACGACCUUGCUAAAAUAUAUAAAUCUGA